AAUCAUGUGGUUUCUUGAAAAUGGUCCGGUCUACUUUCACUUGAUCAUCAAUUAGUCGAUACAUAUACGUCACCACACAAUCUGGUUGAACGUCCAAUAAUGCAAAUGAGGCGAUAACCGGACCAUCAUGCGUAACUGAAAACGCGCCAGUGGCGCUGCCUGGAUUCACGUAGAAGCGACCGCCUUUCUCUUUGACACUACACACAUGAGAAUGGCCAGUCACCAAUACAUCUACGUCAAGCUGUCGAGCCAGCUGCUCCAGCAUCGCUUCAUCUCCCCAGGGAAUAAUCUGGUGGCCGUGAAUGAGACCAAUGCGAAAUUGUCCGACAGUGACCACCUUUGUGUCCGGAUACUUCAGCGACUCAUCGUCAAACUCUCCACGCACAACAUGAACAUCAGGAGAAAGCGUUCUUAAAUAAUCGACGCUCUCACGACUGCAUAGGUUUCCGGUACAGAGAACGUGUUGCAUCUUAUUUGGCACAAGCAGCUUCCGGAACUUUGCCGAAAGAUUAUAUUCGCGAUGAGGUAUGUGAAGAUCUCCAAUCAGCAGAACCAACACAAACGAGCCCUGUCUGCGAACCGUUCCGUUGGCAUUAAUUUCGUGAGCAAAUCCAUUCAGACGAAGAACGUGAUAAUCCUCAGUUGUCACUAGAUCAGGGUCAACCAUCUCGAGCAAAGCUACAUCUCCCUCAUAAGAGCUGAAAGCGACUUAAAAAAAGCGCAAAAAGAACACAGCCUUCCCCUCAUACAUUCCACUGCAGUGCUAAUUCGCACUACACUGCUAGUUUACAAACACUCGAUUUUACCUUUUACCGCGGUCUUCGUUACACUGGUCACUUUUCGCAUUUCUGUAAGAAAUAAAGUAUUGAACAUGAACAGAUGUAACCACACAUGGAGAGAAUGGAUCUACGACGAAAGAAGUAGUAAAUAAAGCCUCACUACUAGGACUCAGGUAUCGGGUCAUAAGUGAAAAAGUGUAAAAAACUUUCCCAACUCAUUUAGUUGAGUUUCAGCAAAAGCACAAAAUUGUCAGGCAGCCGCAGUAAAAUUCUACACGUGUACAAAACUAUUUCUGACAGUAAAUAAGAAGAAACUGUUGAGGCAUUUACGCAAUACGUAAAAAGGCUGCUAAGAUUACGCUGCCAUAUUUUGAGGGUUUUUAGAUGAAAUAAUCUAUAAAUAAUCUAUUUUAAAGCCUGAGGUGUCGAAUUUUUGUCAUCUUUGGAAACAAGAGUUUCAUCGCUGACAAAGACAAAGCCGCUGGCACACAGGGGAGGGGACAAAUAGCGAAUGAUUAAAUAUAGUCUGGUCGGAACUAUUGUAAAAGUACAACUGAAAUGUUCUCGCGAUUGCACUUCCAUCACUCAGUUUGCCGUAGAACAGCAAAGGUGCUCCAAGUUCAACUUUCUUAGCCGGAUAGAUGAACACUCCGAAUUCCUGAUAAAUUGGUUCAUAAUCACGUCGGCAGGAAGCACAUUUGUCGUUGUGAGCAGAUUUCAUCACAUAACCGGGAACACACACAUCGUGCAAUCGCGACUCAAUGUAUUUGAUAGUAGAUCCAGAUUUCUUCUCCAAGCGUGGCAUUUCUGUCUUCCACAACAGCAAAACCUUUUUCAGAUGAUAAUAGAUGCAUAAAUUUCUCAAGGUCAACAACAUCAGCUUCUCUUCUUCUGACUCUUCUGCACCACUUUCCGUCGGAGAUUUUUUGUUUACUUUGACCUCGAGAGGAGACUUCACGGCCUUGAGCGACCCUAGUCUGACGUAAUCUUCCUUUUUACGAUUUUUGCCGGCUGGUCCUCCCCUUUUCUCAAGAAUUCCGCCGAGUGUCUUCGGAAAUAUGGACAUUGCCAAGAAUCGUUCGCCCAUGUCACCCAUGAGGAAGUUGUAUGAUUUUAUAAGCGAUAACUGCUUUUCCCGGUCACUACAUGACUUCAAUAAUUUCCUUAAACGUAGUUCUGCGCCUAGUUGUGCAAGGAAUUCACGCUGCGUAUUCGGACCGUAAACCAAAGCGCGAUCGACAAUAAGCGACUUAAGGUAACCGAAAUUGACGUCAGCUGUCAGAUCGGUGACUCCAGGUUGAUCCAACGGGUUCACUUGUUGAUGCUUUUGGUAACCCCUGAAGGACAAAUCGCUACGAGAUCCAUCGUGACCAUAAUCAAUUAUUAAUCCGAAUCCACCGUCAUGAAUGAUUCUCUCCGUGAUCUGGUUCACAAAAGUGCCCGCUUCCGGGCUGCACUCCCAGUGAAUCCUUUCCUUAUCGUCACGAAUAUUCUGCGGUAUCAAGCCACGGGUGUGCAAGUUUUCGCCUGCAGACCUCAUAAAACACAAUUCAUCAGCACUAUUAAGGUUGAUGUAUACCUCAUUCCACAACCCUUUAGAGUCUCGACUGAAUUGAUGGACAGGUAAAGCAUCCAGGAACUCAUUAGCAAUAAAAACAGAAAAUUUUUCAGGUAUAUCCUCUAUUGUUUUAUACCAAAAUAUUGGCACUCCUGAUUUCGUCUUAUUUGCUCUUACAAUGUUUUCACUAUUAGAUGAGCUCCCUGAGGAUGAAGAUGCACCGCAGAGCAGCUGCUCUUGCUGCUGAAUAAGGGCAUCGGAUGUUUCGACCAAAUGCACGGACAAAUUCUUCUCCUGAAGAGAUGGCGUGGAAAUUCGCAAAAGGAAACGCUAACUAUUUCAAAGGUCAAGAGUGGGACGGCACAUAAGACGGGAUACCUUAAAUUUGUCCAUUACCAGUAGGACAUCUUGCAUCAAUUUUCCAGUGCCUGGUCCACAUUCAACAAGUUGCCAGGGACCAGUAUGGCCUGUGUUUGCCAGUUCAUAGUAACACCAAACACCAAUAAGCUCCCCAAAGAGUUGCGUCAGCUCAGGAGCAGUAAUGAAGUCACCUUCUUCACCGAAAACCUUUUGCGAUUCCGAGAAUCCUCCAUAAUAUCCUACAGUAGGUGCACUGACGGCAGUUUUCAUGUAUUCCGCAACUGUUAUCGGACCACUGGCUCGGAUCUUAUCAAUGAAAAAACGCUUCAAGGCUUCGCUUGUAUUUUUUUCUCGAUCAACUGUAGGAGUAAUGACUUCGCUUGAUAGAUGCCUGAGCCAUAAAGCAAAUGACGGGUAGCACUGAAGGGUUCGUCGGGAAAUAAAACUCAUCGUAUAUCUCCAUUUUCCAUUCAUUACCAGGUACAUAUAGUACCUAGUCCCAGUACCUCAUUAGCAAGAACUUCAUUAGCAAAUACCCUUAUCUGUUCUCCAUCGGUGCUCGGGAAAAGUACCCCACAGGUGACUGGCUACNAAAUUAAACCUACACUUUUUACGAAAAUCGGGAACGUUUCACAAAGUAUGUUAUCUGUGAGAUGA